AUGGGAAAGAGAAAGUGUAACUCCAGGUAUCGAAGCUCCACUCCGGAUAAUCAAUCUCCGACUCGUCGUGAUGGAUCUCCUCAAUCUAUUCCGCCGCACGAAGCAUCUGGAUCCUCGAAUCAAGCUCAAAAUGUUCAGAAUAUUGAACCUCAGGCUCCAAUUCGUCUCUCUAAACCGUUUGAGGUAUCAAACUCUCCUGAUAACAUUCAUAGUUUGUACUAUCUGCGUAGCUCUGAUCAUCCUGGCUUAGUACUAACAUCUGAAGCUUUAGACGAAACAAACUAUAGUAUAUGGAUAGUUGCUAUGACUACUAGUCUAGAGGCGAAGAAAAAACUUGGAUUCAUUAAUGGAUCUAUUGCUAUGCCUACUAAAAGUGAUAUGUAUUAUAAGAUCUGGUGCCGUUGCAAUAGUAUGGUGAAGUCAUGGUUGCUCAACAGCGUUUUAAAGAAAAUAUACACAAGUAUACUCUACUUCAAAGCAGCUGCAGCCAUUUUGAAGGACUUACAUGUUCGUUUUCACAAAUCCAACCUUCCAAGACUAUACAAGCUCUUGCAUCAACUGCACGCUCUCAGGCAGGGCACUAUGUAUCUAUCUUCAUAUCAUACUCAGACUCAGUCUUUAUGGGAAGAACUGAACAGCCUUCACGUUCCAUCUCGAACUGUGGAAGGUCUUCUUGCUCAAAAUGAGAACAACAGAGCCAGUGACUUUCUCAUGGGCCUUAAUAACAUCUAUGAUCAUAUCCGUAGUCAGAUCCUCAUGAAGAAGACAUUACCUUUUAUGUCCGAAGUCUAUAACAUUCUCGAUCAAGAAGAUAGUCUGAGGUCUGCUCGGAACUCUUCUCACACUAAGCCUGAUUCAGUCACUUUCCAAGUCUCUUCCAACCCUAACUACGACAAGAAUCGUUCAGUCUGUACUCACUGUGGUGGUUAUGGUCACAUCAUUGACCGCUGCUACAAAUUGCAUGGAUAUCCCCCAGGAUUUAAACCCAAAGGGAAGUUCUAUCCUAAGAAGACUCAGUCUCAGAACUCUCAAGUAGCAGCAAAUGUGAUCACUUCUAUGACUUAA